CUAAAAACUAGCCCUAUGCUUCAUUUCAAAUUCUAGCGAAGGCGCUGGCUGGAUGAAUGGAGAUCACGGACGAGCUCGUCGGCACCAUGUUCGCUGGAGCAGUCUUCAAAGAUUGUGGAGGGAAGAUUAAUUCCCUGGAUUUUAAUCCUUCCGAGGAUCUGCUUGUCACGGCUUGCGACGACGAAUCCAUUCGUCUCUACGACACUGCAAAUGCCAAGCUCACAAAGACGACUCAAAGCAAAAAAUAUGGCGUGGACCAAAUUUGCUUCACGCAUUCUUCCCAUUCGGUCGUGUGUUCUUCCAAGAAUGGAUGGGAUGAGUCCCUGAGAUAUCUGGAUUUGAGCAAGAACACUUACCUACGUUAUUUCAAGGGGCAUCGAGAUAGAGUUGUUUGCUUAUGCGUAAAUCCCAAGAGCCAAAUUCUUAUGUCGGCUUCUCUAGACAACACCGUUAGAAUAUGGGACCUCCGAUCAAACGUUUGUCAUGGAUUGAUUCGCGUGCAUGGAAGACCAUCCGUAGCUUACGAUCACAGUGGAGUUGUUUUUGGAGUGAGCAUGGACGGGGGUGCCAUCAAACUCUUUGACGCUCGAAUUUUCGAAAAGGGGCCGUUUGAUACGUUUUAUAUACAAGACUCCACAGCCGAGGUCUCGGGCAUGAAGUUUAGCAGCGACGGCAAGCUCAUGCUAGCUUCGACCACGGAUAGCAAUGUUUAUGUGCUAGACGCUUUCAAUGGCAAACAGCUUCAUGUCCACAAGCUGGAGCCUUGUCCGGACGGAGGAACUUUGGAAGCUUCGUUCAGUCCCGAUGGUCAAGUGAUAAUAUCUGGUUCUGGAAAUGGCACUCUUCAUGCAUGGAAUGCUGUCACGGGUGCUGAGAUUGCUACCUGGACAAGUAGCGACGGUGUUCCUUCCGUCGUGAAAUGGGAUCCACGACACUUAAUGUUUGCCAGUGCUGCAAGCGUACUUACGUUUUGGAUCCCAGAUGUAACCAAGCUCAAUACGCCUAGACAAUCACAUAAUCAGUACAACUAUUACUAAGUUAGCAGCACCGAAGGGCUCUCUCAAACUCCCGAUCAUCCCUACAAUUGUAGCCGAGGCUGUAAGCUCGAGCUGAAUCAACAACAUUUGCGUUAGUCAA